AUGAGAACCCUCUUUUUGCUGGCAUUUGUCAUUGGAAUGGCCUACUGUGCUCCACAAUUGAUGUAUUAUGAGCUAGAGUACAAACCUGCCCUGGCUCCACAGGCUCUUCCUGCGGCUGCCGCUGCACCUAGACCUUCUGAAGUCGAAAUUCUCUUGGCAGCUCAGCAGGCUGCAGCUGGUGUUCCUGCUCAACCUGUCCGUGGCUUCAUUAAGCAUGAGAUUCCCCAGCCCGGAGGCAGAGAAAGUAUUGAAGUUCUGUACCCAUUCGGCUUUCCUCAAGCUGCUCCAGCUGCUCCUGCCGCUCCUGCUGCUCCAGCUGUUCCAGCUGUUCCUGCUGUUCCUGCUGCCCCUGCUGCCCCAGCCCCUGUUCCAAAGGACGAUGAUGAUGAUCAUGAUGACUAAACCAGACUGAUGAACAGAUAAGCUGACCACCAAUUCCUGAAUGGCAAAGAUCUGCUUGUAGUGUUUAGCAAAUUGACUGUGUAAAUGCUUUCCUGCAUUAGAAAUAUUGACAAUCAAUCAAAUGGUGCUUUCUCAGUGGCUUGAU